AUUUGGUUGGUUGCUAAAAACAAUGCACGGCUGCUUUAGUUUGUAGGGGGUUGAACAAACAUGGACAAUUUGAACCUAUAUGAAGUGCUGGGCGUUGCUCCGGAUGCAACCGAGGAAGAAAUUAAAAAGAACUAUCGCAGAUUGGCCAAAGAAUUCCAUCCAGAUAAAAAUCCCGAUGCUGGUGACAAGUUCAAGGAGAUUGCUUUUGCCUAUGAGGUGCUGUCCGAUCCGGAGAAACGUCGUAUAUACGACCGUCAUGGCUUAAAGGGUCUGCAGGAGGGCGUCGAAGGUUUUGCCGAUGCCUCCGAUCUCUUGAAUCAAUGGUUUCCAUUCGGUGGUGCUGCCGGCGGUCGUCCCAAGCGGGAGGGAAAAGUUGUCAUCAAACUGGAGCUAACGCUGGAGGAGAUUUAUAGUGGUGGCAUGAAGAAAACGGUUGACUACAAUCGCCAGAAGUUGUGCAGCAAAUGCAACGGCGAUGGUGGGCCCCAGGACGCACAUGAGAGCUGUGAGGCUUGUGGCGGUGUCGGACGAGCAGCUGCUUUCACCUUCAUGGGGCUAAGCCCCUUCAAUGCAAGCUGCCCGGCGUGCGAUGGACGUGGUUUUACCAUCAAAGACAACAUGAAAUGUAGCCCAUGUCGUGGCAGUGGCUUUGUGGAGGAGAAAAUGAAACGGGAUCUGAUUGUGGAGCGUGGAGCUCCACACAUGCUGAAGGUGCCCUUCAACAAAGAGGGGCAUCAGAUGCGUGGCGGCGAAUAUGGCGAUCUGAUUGUUGUGCUCGUCCAGCAAGACCAUCCAACCUUUCAACGACGUCACGCUAAUCUCUAUAUGAGGGACCUGGAGAUUAGCAUAACCGAGGCUCUCUGCGGCUAUACGCAUUGUUUCGAGCAUCUGGAUGGCCGACCCGUAUGUUUGCGCACCGAACCUGGGGAGGUAUUGCAGCACAAUCACAUCAAGAUGCUGCGUGGCGGCGGCAUGCCCGUUUUCAACUCGCCCACCGACAAGGGUGAUCUUUAUAUGAAGUUUAAGGUGAAUUUCCCUGAGAACAAUUUUGCCACGCCAGUGCAGAUGGCCCAGUUGGAGGAACUGCUGCCGCCCAGGGAACGCAUUGUCAUUCCAGAGGGAGCCGAAUUGGUUGAGAUGACCGACUACAAGCCACAAGCGCGUCCUAAUCCAAGCGGGGAUGAUGACGAGCACGGACAAUCGCCCCACUUUGAGAGCGUCCAGUGCCAGACCGCUUAGUUGUUGUGGUUAUGGCUACUGCAGGCUCUAUACUUUUGCUUCGAUCUUUGGCAGCUUCUGUUCACGCUCAGCGUGGACGAGAUCUGCUUUCUGUUGCCGCUAGUCGUCUUAAUAUGCAUAGUAUUAUUUAUCAUACAGGAAUGUUUGCUGUGAAAAGCGCGUGAUCAAAAUUUUUUUAGUAUACAUAUGUUACUCGUAAGGCACA